GGAGGCUACAUGCUAACCCUGGAAUAGGGUCAAGGAAGCAUAGGGUCUUAAGGAGAAGGCAAGUGAAGAUUGAGGCGGAAGCAUGGGAACUGGCAACGAAAGAAUAUAAGGAGCUUUUGAAGGAUAUGUGUGAUCUGUUGAAGAGUUGAUUAGAACGGGGAAGAGUAGGCAGGGUUAUGCUCCGUAUUUUGAUCUGUUGCCAGCUGACAAGAUGUCUGUUAUUGCAAUGCAUCAACUCGCAGCAAUGGUAAUGACAGGUGGGGAACAUGGAUGUGCAAGAGUUGGGACUGCUGCUUGUAUGAUUGGUGAUGCAAUUGAGCAGGAGUCCAAGUUCUUCUGCUGUUCAUAGUUCCAGGGAGGACACUAAAUGCAGAUUAGAAUACACAAUAUCUUGGAGAAAACAAGGAAGAAAAAGGAAAAAGGCUAAUGACAGCAAGAAUGGUGUAGAAGGUGAAUCCCCUGUUGUCAUGAAGGAACAAGAAAACCUAAGAAAAAAGGUUACUGAUUUGAUUAAAAAACAAAAGCUGCCAGCUGUGACGAAGAUUGUGAAGGGGAAGGAUGAUUCAAAACCAUGGAAUGCAGAUGCUAGGGCUAAGGUUGGAAGCCGUCUAAUUGAAUUGCUUGCUGUUACAAACAGCUUAUAUACAGCCUCCCUGUGAUCAGUUAGCUGAUAGUCCAUCUGAACCUCGACCUGCAUUUGUACAUACGUUCCGAACUGUGUCGUAUGAAAAUAAGUAUGGGGUCAUUCUUUAAUUGACUCGAUGAGCUCAAUUUAUCUUUUCUUCCUUGUAAUUGCUUCUAACUGAUGCACAAUGGCCUUUUCUUAAACAGGAAGGGCGCAAAAAAAUAUGGUGUUAUUCAAUGUGACCCAUUAGUCCUCAAAGGCCUAGAGAAAACUGCUAGGCACAUGGUGAUUCCUUAUAUGCCAAUGUUGGUGCCACCACUUAGAUGGAGAGGGUAUGUUAACUUGUUUAUAUUUACAGUU